AUGUUCGUCCUUCCCCCUCCCCCUCCGCGCUAUACCAUCCCUGUCGCAUAUGCGGCGGGGGCGGCAAAUGGUAUGGCGGUCCCUGUUGUGGAAACGAACAAUACUAUUACCCACCCGGAGCGUGGCUGUCCAUUGCAAGUUGGCGAGGGAACGUACAUCCUCCAGGAUGAUCUACUCCUCGCAACACCGCCUCCCCACCCAUCUGAAGCUCCUAUCAUCAACCCGAACCCUCUUGCGACGGUACCCACACCCCCUACCACUGGCGUAAAGCUAUCUCUUGUUACCCUCGACCCCCGAAAGAAGCCGCCGACGUUCUUGAAGUCAGCUGUUACAGCUCCCCAAUUUGGAGAUGGAAACCCCGCGCUUGCGGCGCCACCGGUGGCAGCAAAGGACGCAGCGAAGCGAAGGAAGCCCAAGAACAACAUCAUCAAGAGCAGUUCUUCCUUCGUUUCCCGAGUAAUCACGCACGAGACAUCUGCCAAGCGAUUGGGCGACCGUGACUCGAAUGGUGUUUUUGCCUUUGCGAAUAUCAACCGAGCAUUCCAAUGGCUCGACCUCAGUUCGCCUACAAAAGAAGAGCAUCUUACGAAAGUUCUCUUCACCAAGGCUCACAUGCUAUGUCACGAUGUCAACGAAAUCACCAAGACAUCAUCGCAUUUGGACAUUGUGAUGGGAUCUUCUGCUGGCGACAUCAUUUGGUAUGAGCCUAUGUCACAGAAGUACGCUCGGAUCAACAAGAAUGGUGUGAUCAACAACUCCCCUGUCACCCACAUAAAAUGGCUUCCAGGGUCUGAGAACCUGUUCAUCGCGUCCCACGCCAACGGCGUGCUGGUCGUGUACGACAAGGAGAAGGAGGAUGCCCUCUUCACCCCCGAGGCGAAUGGCCAUUCCGAACAAGAGGUCGGACGAUUACCAUUGGACAUCCUGAAGUCUGUGAACUCCAAAAACCAGAAGACCAAUCCGGUCUCAUUUUGGAAAAUGGCAAACCAGAAAAUCUCAAGCUUCUCCUUUUCGCCGGAUCAAAGGCAUCUGGCCGUGGUUCUCGAAGAUGGGUCGCUGCGGCUCAUGGAUUACUUGAAAGAGGAGGUACUGGAUAUAUUCCGCAGCUACUAUGGGGGCCUGAUCUGUGUCUGCUGGUCGCCGGAUGGCAAAUACAUCGUAACCGGAGGCCAGGAUGAUUUACUCACGAUUUGGUCUUUCCCCGAGCGUAAGGUUGUUGCCAGAUGCCAAGGACACAACUCCUGGGUUUCGUCGGUAGCAUUCGACCCUUGGCGUUGUGACCAGAAGACAUACCGGUUCGGCAGCGUCGGCGACGACUGCCGCCUCCUCUUGUGGGAUUUCAGCGUCGGAAUGCUUCAUCGCCCCCGGGCACACCAAGCCUCAACUAGAAAUCGAUCCAGCAUCGUAGUGCCAAAUUCACAAACUGCCAACCGCCACCGUGCAGACAGCGGCGACAACCGUGUGCGUUCGGACUCUAAUGGGACCGAAAAGUUCAACGACGAUAUCGAUCAGACCAUGAGUCAUCCCGUGGAACCCCGGUCUCGAACAGCUCUUUUGCCCCCGAUCAUGUCCAAAAUCGUCGGCGAAGAUCCUACCUGCUGGCUUGGCUUCCAGAAAGAUUGCAUUAUGACUUCCUCUCUUGAAGGCCAUAUCCGCACUUGGGAUCGACCCAGCGACAGCGUUGUCAAAUCAUGA